AUGGUCGCACUGAAGCAGCGAACCACCAACAACCAGACCGCUAAAGUCAUCAUAUCCCAGCUCUACGUCGCAUGGGCGACCGAGGAGGACAAUGCGAAACAAAUCCGCAGCGCCAUCCAGGAGUUAUUGGCGGCGGUGCGCCACCCCUCCCCAUACCCUGUGAACCCCAUCGCGGAGGCCGACGCCGGCGUGAAUAGCGGCAUGGGAAAGGCCGCGUCCUCUUCCAAAAUCGCCUCGGCGCCGGUCUCAUCCUCCGCCGCGCGCCAUCUCGAUCCGAGCGGCUCACUCCCCGCGACGGAAGGGGGUUCCCCCCCUCCCCCUUCUCCCCCGAUUCCUUCGUCGUCCUCGUCGCUUGUGGAGGAGGGGGGUCGCAUCCCUCACGCGACGACGUCGCCGCCGCCUGCGAAAUCCACCGUCGCCGACGCCCACGCCCCCCUCCCACAGCAGCCCCACCCCACCCCUCUCGCCCUUAACGGCGAGGCGGGAGGCACCCCCACCCCUCGCGCGGUUUCCCCCAAAAGAGGCGCCGCAGGCGGGGGGGCUUCCCCUUCCACAAAAGGCCCUCAUUUGGGGAUCCUCACCCCCGCCCUGAACGAUGACGUGACGGUUGACUUUAUGCCGCCACUCGACUCCGGCCUCGCGAACAACGCGGGGUUCGUGAAGGAGGGCUCCGUCGGGCGGUUUGUGCAUCACGCCGAAGGGGGGUUCGCGGCGACGCCCCCGGCGAACGUCCCACGCGCCACCCUCGAGGAUAUUCCUGUUUUUUAUAGCAAAAAAGAGUCGAAAGGGAUGCUCGACGCGAUCGUGGAGGAGGAACGUGCCAGGCUGCGCGAGAUUUUUGACAAAAACGGCGUCGGCAAGCUAGUUCACAAGGCUCAAUUUGGGGAUCUGAGCGUGAAGGUGUUUAAGGUCCCACUAUGGUAUAAAGACGCGCUGUUCAAGGCGAAUUGCGUAUUCGUGAACGCCCCGGUGACCUCCGAGUCGCUCACGCACGCGCAGGUGAAUCGAUUUUACUACGAAAAGAUGGGUAUGUUAACCCCUAGUCGACGACUGUAUGAGUUGAUUAGCGGCGGAGUGGAGCGGGAGGAGGAUUACCUUACGAUAGAGGACCUGAAGGAGAUGGUAAAAUCCUUGGUUUCAUCUCAUCCGAGCCUAGAGUUUCUGCAGCAGCCGGAAUUUCAAGAGUACUACUGUCGUACGGUUGCCAUACGCAUCAUGUACGCCCUUGAGCGGCAGCAGUGCCGGAAGGUUUAUUGGCGAGACUUUGACCGAAGCGACCUUCCCGAGGUGAUGAUGAGGCUAGACAGUAAGGAUGUCAACCAAGUCUUAGAAUACUUUUCCUAUGAGCAUUUUUAUGUUCUUUAUUGCAAGUUUUGGGAGCUUGAUACGGAUCGUGAUUUGUUUAUCGACUACAGCGACCUGUGCAACUACAGCCAAGGCUCCAUUGUGCCGUCUGUGGUGAUGCGCGUGAUAGAGGGCUAUGGGCGCCCGCUGACCUCGACCGUUCCAGGCCAUUUGGAUUUUGAAGAUUUUGUCUACUUUUGUUUGUCUGAAGAGGAUAAGAACUCGGAGCCCGCGGUCUACUACUGGUUCAAGGUCCUAGAUGUGGAUGGCGAUGGCAUCCUUAGCGGCCAUGAGCUCUUCCAGUUCUACAAGGAGAACCAACAGCGCUUUUUAGAAUACUCCGAGUCCCCGGAGGGCGACAUUGCUUACGAGGACUCCAUGUGCCAGAUGCUGGAUAUGCUAGGCUUUGACCGCGUCAAAUCGCGGCGCUACGGCCUCACAUUAGGAGACCUGCGGGCCUGCCCAACGCCGGCAAACUUCUUCAAUAUGAUUUUUAACGCCCCAAAGUUUUUAUUGUUCGAGCACCGAGACCCUUUCGCGGAGCAUCAGCAAAAGCUAAAAGUAGAGAAGACCGAUUGGGAUCGCUUCGCAAGAGCUGAGUAUGAUCGUAUGGCGGCAGAGGCUCAAUAG